UUGUCAUUAGGCCCAUUCGUUCUCCACAAUUUACAGUUGUCCCACUUUCAUUGUUUAAUAAUAAUAUCAAUAUAUUUGCUCAAAGUCCUUUUAAAUACAAGAUCAAAUAUUUCAUCUCCAUCAUCAAUUCAUUAUAGACAUAUCAAAAAUGGAACUCUACAGAGAAUCCAUUCUAAACCAGACUGAUUUUUCAUUUUUACUGGCAAAGCAACUCCUCUUCACCGAUAACAAGGACAAAAACGUCAUUUUCUCGCCGUUGUCGAUCCACAUCUUGUUGGGCAUGAUUGCGGCCGGGUCGAAAGGCCCGACCCGAGAUGAGAUGCUGGGCUUUUUCAAGUCCAGUUCCAUUGAAGAACUAAACUCGCUCUUGGCGCAGCACGUGACCACGGUGUGCGCCGACGGCGAACCAUUUGGUGGGCCCCGUUUGUCCUUGGCCAACGGCAUUUGGGUUGACCAGAGUCUCAGCUUUAAGCCCCAUUACAAAGAAAUUGUCGAGAAUGGUUACAGGGCUGCUUCUUAUCAUGUUGAUUUUCGGACUCGGGCUGAUGAGGUAAUAGAAGAAGUGAAUAAAUGGGCUGAGAACGAAACAAAUGGCCUCAUCAAAAAAAUACUGGGACCUGGUUCAGUUGAUGCUAGCACUAGGCUUAUCCUCGCUAAUGCAGUGUAUUUUAAAGGAAUGUGGAAGGAAACAUUUGAUGCGUCACUGACUAAAGACGAAGAGUUUUUCCUCUUAAACGGAAGCUCAAUUAAAGCACCUUUCAUGACAAGUUGGGAGAGGCAAUAUAUCCGUUAUUUUGAGGGUUAUAAGGUUUUGGGGCUACCAUAUAAACAAGGCAAAGAUAAACGUAAAUUCUCAAUGUACAUAUUUCUUCCUGAUGCAAAAGAUGGACUACCAUCCUUGAUCGAAAAAGCCGGCUCCGAAUCUGGAUUCAUCGAGAAACACCUCCCUCUUUGGAAUGUCGAAGUCGGUAAUUUCCGGAUUCCAAAAUUUAAAAUAGAAUUUGAAUUUCAUGCGGCAAAAGUUAUGAAGGAGCUCGGAAUGGUGCUUCCAUUUUCAAGUGGUGAUCUCACUGAAAUGGUGUACUCAACUAUAACUACUCGGGCGGAGAAUUUGUUCGUCUCAGAAAUUUUCCACAAGGCGUUUGUUGAAGUGAACGAGGAAGGCACGGAAGCUGCAGCGGUUUCGGUGGGUGUAAUUAUGGCCACCUGUUUGAUAAUUGAGGAGAAUUUUGAUUUUGUGGCUGACCAUCCUUUCAUGUUUGUUAUAAGAGAAGAUGUGAGUGGGAUGGUUCUCUUCAUUGGGCAGUUACUUGAACCCUCCACAAGUUAAUUAACCGUAUAUACAUGUUAAUUAUGCGACCUCUUUUGGUUUUGUGGUUUGGAUUGAUAAAAAUAUUGAGUGAUUAAUAUAUUGCGGUGGAUAUGAUUGUGUAAUAUAAUAUGUGUGUAUGUGUACAAUUUGGUUUGUGUGAUUGAGUAAUAAGUCCUCGUUUACUUCUUGUUAUGGGAUCUAGAUGAAUUGAUGUAAUGAAGUACUAACUAUGGGAUGAGAACAAGUAAUAUAAUACAUGUAUCGUUUACUUUGUUGUAUAAU